AUGAAGCCCAAGACCACCGCCACCGAGACCGCCGGUGAGUCCCGGUUCCUCGGAACCAUCUCCGCUUCAUCGAUCCGAAACCUCCUCCCCAGAUCCAUCUCCACCAAGCACGGCAAGUCCUUCUUCGCCCCCAAAGCUGCCGCGCCUAAUGCCGAAAAUACCCCUCCACCUAACCCUAACAUCCAACCCGGCGGAGACGAUUCGGCUAUCGCUGCCAAGCCACUACCAGUAGUGCCCUCCGAUUCGCCCAAAUCUCCGACCGCCGCGGCAGCUCAUAACAUUCCGGCGAAGAGUGAGAUUGAUGGAUCUGACGAAACCGAGGCACCUUUGGACCCUGCAGUGAAGGUUGUGGUGAGAAUUAGACCUACUAAAGGAGGAGACUGGACUGUUAACAAGGUUUCUCCCAACUCAGUAUCGGUCGGGGACCGUGAAUUUGAGUUUGAUUCGGUUUUUGAUUCGAAAUCCGAUCAGGAAGAUGUGUUUCAGACAGUUGGUGUGCCCUUGGUUAGAAGUGCCUUAGCCGGUUACAACACUUCAAUUUUGUCAUAUGGACAGAGUGGUAGUGGGAAGACAUACACGCUAUGGGGUCCGCCAAGCGCCAUGGUUGAGGAUUCAUCUUCUGAUAGUUGCCAGGGCAUUGUUCCUCGUAUGUUCCAAAUGCUGUUCGCGGAGAUACAGAAAGAGCAAGAGAACUCUGAAGGGAAACAGUUUAACUACCAGUUCCGUUGCUCUUUUCUUGAGGUGUAUAAUGAACAAAUAGGAGAUUUACUUGAUCCAACCAUGCGGAACCUUGAGAUUAAAGAUGAUCCCAAAAAUGGAUUGUACGUUGAGAAUCUGACUGAGGAGUAUGUGAGUAGCUAUGAAGAUGUGACACAAAUUCUGAUUAAGGGGCUUUCAAGUAGAAAAGUUGGAGCCACUAGCACAAACUCUAAGAGCUCUAGGUCCCAUAUUGUUUGUACCUUCAUCAUCGAGUCAUGGUGCAAGGAGACCUCAUCCAAGUGUUUUGGUAGCUCAAAAACAAGCAGAAUGAGCUUUGUUGAUCUUGCUGGUUUGGAUAGGAAUAAAGAUGAGGAUGCCGGUAGACAAUGUACAAGGGAAGGAAAAUAUGUAAAGAAGUCCUUGUCACGACUUGGGCAUUUAGUAAAUACUCUGGCAAAAGCGCCUCAUUCUGGAAGAUCUGAAGACGUACCAUACAAGUCUUCUUCCUUGACACAUUUACUUCGGGAAUCGCUUGGUGGCAACUCAAAAUUAACAGUCAUCUGUGCUGUUGCCCCAGAUAACAACAAUCACGGUGAGAUACUGCAAACACUAAGGUUUGGAGAACGAGUGAAAACUAUCAGGAACCAACCAGUUAUAAAUGAAAUAACUGAGGAUGCUGUAAAUGAUCUGAGUGAUCAAAUUCGUCAGUUGAAGGAUGAACUUAUAAAAGCAAAGUCUACAUCAGCAAGUAGUAGGAAUGGAUAUUUUGAAGGGAAAAAUGUACGUGAUAGCUUGAAUCAGUUACGUGUUAGCCUGAAUCGCUCUUUCUUACCCCGCAUAGAGGAUGAUUCUGAUGAAGAGGUAUAUGUGGAUGAGGAGGAUGUAAGGGAAUUAGGUCAGCAGCUAGAGAAGCUGCACAGUUCUUGUGAGGAGAAUAUAGGAGACGGGAUGGACUUGAUGAGUGAAGAUGAUGACUUCCAUUCCUCAGAAGAAAAAGAAAUAGAGGAAUUUGAAGAAGUUAAUAUGGAAGAUGAACUUCCUCCUAAGACCAGCUUCAAAUUGACAGAUAACAAUACCAACUCAGAUGCUAUUGAUCCAGCAUCUAGAAGUGGCAUCUCUAUUAGCUUCUGCUGUCGGUCUCCAGUCCUUCAAGACCCUACUUUGACAGAGUCCCCAAAAAUUGGAAACACACAAAGGAAAAGUGUCACUUUUGCAUCCAGUUGUUCUGUCAGUCAGAACAAGGUAUCCAAGAUUAAGUCGGAUGUGGUGAGAGAGUCCCUUGAAAACAUCCAAUCCUCUUUACGGUCAAGCAGGAACUUUACUGGUCCCACCGAAUCAUUAGCUGCCAGCCUUCAGAGGGGCUUGAAGUUGAUUGACUUUCAUCAGCAGAACUCUUCAUUAAACAAAUCUACAGUUUCCUUCUCCUUUGAGCACUUGGCACUCAAGGCUUCUUCAGCUCAGACAUUACCAGAAACAAGACCAUCCAUAGAUGAGCCUUCUGUUUCUUUUAUUUGUGCAUCUUGCAAAAGAAGAGUGCAAGAAGAUGAUACCAAUGAGGUUCAGGACAGCGUGAAGACAUUGACUAUAGCAGUUGAUGAAGCAGGGAAUUCUAAUGCAAUGAAAGAGGUUACAGAUGUAAUGGAAGAACAUACAAAGAGGGAGGAGCUUGAGAAUCGUUGCAUGAAGCAAGCAGCUAAGAUUGAGCAGUUAAAUCAAUUGGUAGAGCAAUACAAACGUGAGAAAUAUAAUUCAGUUGCUGAGUUUGGUAAAGAAAUGAUACCAUACGAGCGUGCUGGGUUUCAUCAACAAGAAAUCAUAAAGGAGGAAUGUGAGAUAAAGGAAGUCCAUAAUGAGUUGGAUCUUGGGUAUGGGAAUGCAAAUUUUGAUCAGAGUGAGAAGGAAGCACUCCUUAAGGAAGUUCAGAUGCUAAGGAGCAAGUUGCAGUUACAAAAUGAUCCAUCUGCGAGAAGGUCUACUGACAAACUGAGAUCCUCCUUAUUGUCAAGAUCUAUCCAACUACGAAAAAGUGGUUCAUAUCGAGAUUUCAGUGGUGAAGAACUAGAAAAGGAAAGAGAGAGAUGGACAGAAAUGGAGAGUGACUGGAUUUCCUUAACCGAUGACUUAAGAAUAGACCUUGAGUCCAUCCGCCGGAGAGCAGAGAAGGCGGAGAUGGAACUGAACUUGGAGAAGAAUCGUACAGAAGAGUUGGAUGAUGCACUUCAUAGAUCUGUCCUUGGGCAUGCUAGAAUGGUGGAGCACUAUGUUGAACUACAAGAGAAGUAUAAUGAGUUGAGUGGAAAGCAUCGUGCCAUCAUGGAAGGGAUAGCAGAGGUUAGGAGGGCAGCAGCAAAGGCAGGACGAAAAGGUCGUGGAUCUCGUUUCUCCAAAUCCCUAGCAGCAGAACUCUCUGUAUUGAGAGUGGAAAGAGAGAGGGAGAGGGAACUUCUGAAGAAGGAGAACAAGAGUCUAAAGAUUCAACUCAGGGAUACUGCAGAAGCUGUUCAUGCAGCUGGAGAGCUCCUUGUUCGGCUUAGAGAAGCUGAACAUGCCGCAUCAGUUGCACAGGAGAACUUCACGAAUGUGCAUCAAGAAAAUGAGACGUUGAAGAAGCAAGUAGAGAAGGUCAAAAGAAAGCACAAGAUGGAGAUGAUCACCAUGAAGCAGUACAUGGCAGAGAGUAAAUUGCCUCAAUCCGCUCUUCAACCAAUGUACCGGGAGGACUCCGACAUUCCACACAACACAAUCCCAGAUGAUGAUCAGGCAUGGAGAGCAGAAUUCGGAGCGAUAUAUCAACAGCAUUACUGA